ACUGCAUGUGUGGUGUAGUUUUACGGUACGACAGCAGUACUGAGGUCACGGUUUCGAUUCCCGGGUCGGGCAAAGUGUAAUUAUCAAUCUGGAAUGUGUGAUCAAUAUGGCGAUAGGCUUGCACAUAAUGAAAAGUGGGUGCUCUAGUUGCGCGUCUGCCGACUCCUUCGGGGGUAAAAGGCGUGAGCGAGUGUGUAUGUGUAAACACGCUCAUUUUUGUUUCAACCGCUAAAAUGGAGCUAAAAAAUGUUGCAAGGGCCUUGACAUUAACCUGCAUCUUAGGCAUAUUUCUGUCCACAUAUGCUCUGUACGUAGAGAUGGCGGUGGAAAUCAAACCCGGGUACAAGGCGUUAUGUGACAUCUCCGAACACGCCAGCUGUUCCAAAGUUUUAUCUUCUAAGUACGCUAAGGGCUUUGGCUUGAUGAACGACGAUUCGGCACUGAAGAUACCUAAUUGUAUUUAUGGAACAAUUUUCUACUGCCUCAUGAUAUUUUUGACCACCUUCGACCAACUGCUUGUGGUCCGUUUCCAGUUUUUGCUCGGCGCAGCGUCUAUAUUGAUGUGUGUCUAUCUAGCCUACCUAUUGGCCUUCGUCCUGCACGAUUUCUGUCUAGUUUGCGUUUCGACUUACGUAGUAAACGGAUUUCUCGUAUAUUUUACAACCAAGAAAAUGCGUUUAUUGUCACGAAAGAAUGCUUAAAUUAAAAAAAAGCACUUUUUACUGUGAGCAAGGUCUUAUAUAUUGUUAUUCUAGUUAUGUAUGUAUUUACGCAUGAUUUGUUGUUUGUUAUUUAAUAAAUGUAUGUACGCGUUUAAAUGUAAUCCGAUAAGAUUAAAACGAUUCUCGCGAUUACACUGCCAUCUAGUAUCGACUAGUGUCAUUUCUUAUGUUUGCUUCAAGUGUUUCCUCAUUUCCAGUUCAAAUUUUUAACGACAGGUGGCGAUGCAUUUAUACCUCACGUAGAGACAUUAGGUAGAGUUCAUUUUUCAUAAUAAUUACCUUUUUUAUGAUUAUUAACAUAUGCACGAAUGAUAAUUUAUCUAUUUGUAUAUUUUAUGGUAUGAUUUAGUGCAUAAAACUGUGAAGAGCUAUACUUUCAAUGAUUGAGUAUGCAAAUGUACUUAUGUAAUACAAUUUCUAAUUAUAAUACUAAAGACGCUAAUUUUAGCAUCAGUACUAAUUAAAAGGGCUAAGUCAUUACUAAUUAGACUCUAAUUAGUGUCCAACACCAAUUAUGAGGUAUAGCUUAAUUAAUUGAUAUAUUGCGAGCAUUCAAUGUAUUAGUAUUUUAAAUAUACCUAUAAAAAUAACAAAAACAUUCUUUUGAAAAUCACUAAACCCUUGCGAAUAGUAAGUAUAGUACUUUUCUUUAUAUACUCUUUUGAUAGCGUCUUCGACAAACUCAAUAGAAUAAAUGAUCCAAAAGGGAACAAAAUUAUCCCUUUUUAGUGUCGUGCGAGGUAUUUCCUUGUGGAGCUUUAUUGCUCACCUAACGUGCUUACGUUCUUGGACGUGACACUCAUGUCUUAAGGCCUUCACACAUUUCUUCCGCUUACAACGUAAUUAUAUGUCAUUUAGUUUGCGUUUUAUUACGACAUUAUUUAUGAAACUGUAUUUUAUAUAUUCUAGAUUAUAGUAACAAUUAAAUAAAGCUGAAGAGUU